CGCCCCGGACGAUGAUGUGGUCCAACUUCUUAAUGCAAGAGGAGAGCCGGCGUCGGGCCGAGGCCGGGCGGCGCGGGCGCGGGCAGGGCCAGCCCGGGCUGUCGCCGGAGCAGGAGGGGAAAAUCAAGCUGGUGCUGCUGCUGACCGCGGUGGGCGCCACGCUGGCCGUGCUGGCCGUGGGCACCGAGUUCUGGGUGGAGCUCAACACCUUCAAGGCCAACGGCAGCGCCGUGUGCGACGCCGCCCACCUGGGGCUGUGGAAGAUGUGCACCAAGCGGCUGUGGCAGGCGGACGUGCCCGCGGGCCGGGAGACGUGCGGCCCCGCCGAGCUGCCCGGAGAAGCCAACUGCACCUAUUUUAAAUUCUUCACCACUGGGGAGAAUGCACGCAUCUUCCAGAGAACCACAAAGAAAGAGGUGAAUCUGGCAGCUGCAGUGAUAGCGGUGGUAGGCCUGGCAGUCUUGGCCCUGGGGUGCCUCUGCAUCAUCAUGGUGCUCAGCAAAGGCGCAGAGUUCCUGCUCCGAGUUGGAGCUGUCUGCUUCGGCCUCUCAGGCCUGCUGCUCCUGGUCAGCCUGGAGGUGUUCCGGCAUUCCGUGCGAGCCCUGCUGCAGAGAGUCAGCCCGGAGCCUCCCCCGGCCCCGGCCCUGGCCUACGAGUACUCCUGGUCUCUGGGCUGCGGUGUGGGCGCCAGCCUGGUCCUGCUGCUGGGGGGCCUCUGCUUUCUCCUGCUCACCCUGCCACCCUGGCCCUGGGGUUCGCUCUGUCCCAAGCAAGGGCACAGGGCCACCUAGAGCCACCCUUGUGUUUUCUCGAAGCUCCUUCCAAACCCUUCUUUUUUAUCCCUUGCCCCUUCAAGAUCUUUCACCCCGGGUCCUGGAGAAACUGUUUUGUUUGCUGUGGGGCCCACAUGGUUUGCACAGACCCGUCUCUCACACCCUCAUCUUUUCCCCUCUGUAAAUAUGUUU